AUGACGGUCCGAUACUUGAAAAGCAAGUCUCAACCCCCGAACUCAGCUGCGACACCUCAGGUGGACGUGAGUAGCGUUGUAAAGGGGGUAAUCGACGACGUUCGUGCCAAUGGAGAUGCAGCAGUCCGCAAGUACUCGGAGAAAUUUGACCGCUGGUCGCCAGCCUCGUUCAAACUCUCCCAUAAUGAUAUAGAUGCUGCCCUGGCGGCCUGUUCGCCCCAAACGAUUGCCGACAUCAAGGAGGUGCAGAAGAACGUUCGUGCCUUUGCGCAGGCCCAGCGAGACUCUAUUCGCGAUUUUGAGUAUGAGAUCCAGCCGUUCAAGGGAGUGCACCUGGGCCAGAAAAAUCUUCCCAUCAACAGCGUUGGAGCGUACAUCCCCGGAGGACGCUACCCGCUGCUAGCAUCCGCCCACAUGACGAUUCUGACGGCCAAGGUGGCUGGUGUGCCUUAUGUGGUUGGCUGUACUCCCCCAAUUGCCGGCCAGAUCCCCCAUGCCACGGUGGCCGCGAUGCAUCUGGCUGGAGCCGAUGAAAUUCAUCUGCUUGGCGGGGUUCAGGCGAUCGCGGCGAUGGCGGUGGGCACAGAGACCAUCCGAAAAGUGGACUUCCUCGCGGGACCGGGAAAUGCAUUUGUCGCGGAGGGGAAGCGGCAGUUGUUCGGCGAGGUGGGCAUCGACCUCUUCGCAGGCCCGACGGAGAUUCUGAUCGUCGCCGAUGAGACGGCCGAUCCAUUCACGGUAGCGACUGACCUUCUGUCACAAGCUGAACAUGGGCCGGAUUCGCCGGCUGUGCUCAUCACGACCUCGGAGCGCGUGGGACGGGCAGCCAUCGACAUCAUCAACCAGCUGCUUCCGAAUCUAUCCACGCGCGAGCUGGCGGGCACAUCGUGGGACCGGUUCGGGGAAGCCAUCCUGGUGGACUCCCUCGACGAGGCGUGGCGACUGGCGGAUGAGUAUGCAAGUGAACAUGUGCAGAUCUUCACCAAGCGGCCUCGUGAGGCACUAGAGAAGAUGACAGCGUAUGGAGCGCUUUUCUUGGGGGAAAAGACAUGCGUGUCGUAUGGCGAUAAGGUCAUCGGAACGAACCAUGUCCUACCCACCAAAAAGGCAGCGCGGUAUACAGGAGGUCUUUGGGUGGGCAAGUAUCUGCGCACGGUGACUUACCAGGAAGUGACUAGUAGCACCGCCAGUGGGGAGCUGGGUCGGCUGUGUGGUCGAGCUGCAAGGGCGGAGCAGUUUGAGGGCCAUGCGCGCUCGGGAGAUCUACGGGCCCAGAAGUACCUGGGGGAUAAGUAUGACUGGAUUGCCUCGUCUGAUCAAGCCAACUUGUGA